AUGCCGUGUAACCCGAGCCGGAUGAGAGGCAGAGAGCGGGGGGAUGUUCUGUACCGAGCCGAAUUCCUCUCCCUGCAUCAGAGGAACGGUGCGGCACCCCGGAGACCCACCCACCCGAAGCAGCACCACACCCAGCCCGAGCAGGCGCCGCAGCCCGGGGAUGGCGGCCGGGAUCCAGGUCGCUACCCGGAGGAGGACUGCAUCCAGCUGAACCCGAGCCUCCAGCACAUCGCGGUCAGCUCUCUGCUCGCCAUCGACAUUCACCUGUCCAAACGGCUCAGCGUGUGCGCGCACGCCUCGUCCAGGUGGGCCAGCGCGCGCUCCGUGGUCACCCUGCUCGCGCUCACCGGACACGGGAUCACGUGGGUGUGUGGCACCCUGCUGUGUCUGACCCGGUGCAGCACCCAGGCCGGGCAGGAGGUCCUCAUCAACCUGCUGCUGGCGCUGCUCCUGGACAUCAUGACCGUGGCUGGAGUCCAGAAGUUGGUGAAGCGCAAAGGACCAUGGGAGACUAGCCCAGGCUUCUUGGACUGCGUAGCGAUGGACGCGUACGCGUUCCCGGCGGCUCACGCCAGCAGGGCGGCGAUGGUGUCCAGGUUCCUGCUGUCUCACCUGGUCCUGGCCGUUCCUCUGCGCAUGCUGCUGGUCCUCUGGGCCCUGCUGGUCGGACUCUCCCGGGUUCUGCUGGGUCAGCACCACGUGACCGACAUGGCGUGCGGCUUUGCGCUGGGUCUGCUUCACUUCAGCCUGGUGGAGACGGUGUGGCUCUCGUCCGGCGUGUGCCAGACGCUGCUGUCUAUAGGGACGCUCAGCUGGAGCCCGUUCAGUUAGAGCGAGAACUGGAACCGGCAGGGCACGACUGUGGGAGACGGGGUGUAUAUAUAUAUAUUACCUGUGUAGGUCUGGAGGGGUACACUGUAUGGCCAAAAGUAUUUGGACACCUUUUAUUAAGUUCAGGUGUUUUAGUCAUAACUAAAUGAGCACAAAUUCCCACAGACACUCUUCCUAAUAACAUACAUGGUUUUGAAUAUGAUGCCCAACAAGAUGAUAAUCAGGUGUCCACAUACUUUUGGCCAUUUAGGGUACGUUAUGUACACACCUUUGCAGCCGCCCUGCACCCCAGUCGAUAAACCCAUAAAUUCAGCAUGUAGAGAGAACCCGCUGUGCUCUCUGUAUUCCUCCACCGCUCGUGUCAGUGCCUCAAACCAGACAGCAGGUGUCACUGUUGCUGCGACAGGGAUCUGAUUCCUCAUCCGGGUACCCGACCAGGCUGGUAGCACCACUGAGACUCAAACUCGGGUCUCCAAAUGAGCGCCCACGUUUUUUUUUUUUAAACUAUUUAACCCCACCAGUAGGGGGCAGCGUAUUAAUACACAUGCAUGAAACUGCUGGUUCUGCAUGAUGCUUUAGAUCUCGAACCUUUUUCUUUUUAAUUGUUCUGAUGAUUUUGACCCCGUGUUUGUUUAAAUGGACGUUCGGAAUUUUGGGAAAGACCCCGACGCUGAACGACUGAAGGAGACGGGGACGGCAGAGGAUGAGACAGCUAGGUAGAAUCAAGCUUGGGCGGACUCCCGGAGACAGGAGGGGGCAGGAGGGCCUGGUGUGCCGUGCUGUGGUCCGUGGGGUCAUAAAGAUUCUGUUUAGGACCUGUGCGGAUGUGACGUGUUCUGAGUUUCAUCUGUUCAGUCCUGUAGAUGAGGAGCUCGGUAUGAUUUAAUGGUGUGAGGGUGGAAAUGUUGGGUUUAUUAUUUCAGAACCAUUUUCUAACCUAAUGUGAGACUUUCAGCUCGCAGUGAGACGAAGCCGUGAGUGAAAAAUGCAUGACGUUUAAUUAUUCAGUUUUUUAUUAUUUUUCUGUUAGAUGAUGCUGGAUUUCAAAUCAUAUUCAAUCCAAACUGAUAAUAAAUCACAUUUAUAGCUGUGAGCUCAUCA